UAAACAACUGUCGUAGUCAUGACGUCAGAACCUCAUGCUUUUUUCUCAUGAUGGUCGAUACGUCGUUACUUCCUUUUGGAGAGAGGCCAUAUUGAAGUUUGUUGUCUGUGCAUAUUUAGGACCCUAUAGUAGGGGUUUACUUUAGUAUUUAUAGUUUAAUACAAUGAGAAUGAAAAGUGAGAUGGAUAACGACGAUAAAGGGAAGUUGUUUGUUGGUGGGUUAAGCUGGGAAACUACUCAAGAGAAUCUCCAGCGUUAUUUUUCUCGAUAUGGAGAAGUUAUUGACUGUGUGGUUAUGAAAAAUAGUGAAUCGGGCAGAUCACGAGGUUUUGGUUUCGUGACUUUCUCUGAUCCUGCCAAUGUUGGCUUAGUUUUACAGAAUGGGCCUCAUCAGUUGGAUGGGCGUACUAUCGAUCCAAAACCGUGUAAUCCUCGAAGCUUACAGAAGCCUAAGAGGAAUAACAGUUAUCCUAAAGUAUUCCUGGGUGGUCUUCCAUCUAAUGUUACGGAAACUGACCUCAGAACAUUCUUUGCACGCUUUGGAAAAGUGAUGGAAGUAGUCAUAAUGUAUGAUCAAGAAAAGAAGAAAUCACGAGGCUUCGGGUUUUUGUCCUUCGAGGACGAUGACGCUGUGGAACGAUGUGUAGCAGAGCAUUUCGUCAACCUGAACGGCAAACAGGUUGAAAUCAAGAAGGCAGAACCUCGUGAUGCUGGGAAGAUGGGAGAUGGACCACCAAACCAAUGGGGCCCACCACAAGGCCCUCCAAUGGGUAUGGGUGGUGGCAUGGGAAUGGGAGGACCAAAUGGCCAAAUGGGCGGACCAAUGGGAGGUCCCAUGGGGCCAAUGGGGCCUCCAGGCAACAUGAUGCAGGGCUACCAAGGUUGGGGCACCCCACCUCAGACUCAGUAUCCAGGCCAUUGGGGCCCUUCUCCUUCGAAUCAGCUGCCAGUUAAUGGUUAUGGGACUCCCUCUGGUCCAGGAGGUUAUCAAGGCUGGGGGGCACCACCUGGUCCACAAGGUCAGCAGAUGCCGCCACCACAGUGGGGGUCCAACUACGGUGGUCCUCCACAACAGCAAGGUUAUGGGUCAUAUGGACCACCACAAGCUGGUCCACAGUCGGGAUAUGGGGGAAACUGGAAUUGGAACAUGCCCCAGAAUGGUCCUCCAGCUCAAGGAGGUCCACCUGGCCCCUCACAGGGACCACCUGGACCCCAAGGGACAUGGGGUGCUGAUGUUGUUGUCUGUGCAGGACCUGGAGGAGCCCCGUCUGGUCCUGGCCCAGCUGCCCCAGGAGCCACUUCAGCCCAGAAGGGUGGAAAUGAGUACACUGGAUAUGGCAAUUAUGGUAAUUACCAGGAUUCGACAAGUUAUGGAGGUGCCCGGAGCUACAGUGGUGAUAGUGGGGCACAAUCAUCAGGUGGCUACUCUGCUCAUCCACCCAUUCCAGGUGGGAAGCCAUUUGACUUUAAAGAGUGGCCCUCAUCGUGACAUACUGGGCUGAAAUUUGUGGUGACGUCUCAAUGAGACUCUGUUAUGUCAUAGGCGCUGACUCUAUCCCAACUGUUCGGGAAGUACUCGGAAAACAUAUACGCAAAUAUGAGUGGCCAAAGGUCUUAACACAAUUAUAGGAUCAAAAUCUGGGAAGGCAACAGUCUGAUUAAGGGAUGUAUGAGCAAGGGUGGAGAGAUUGAAUAUUAUGUUAUUUCCCUUCUUCAUUUGCAAAACAUUGUGAUUAGUGAUACACUAGCAUGAUUGUGUACACAGCAUUAAUGAUAACUGGUAUGUUUGAUAUAAAGUAUUAAAAAUGAAAGUUGUAUAAUUUUAAGAGAAAUAUGUGUAUAGUUAGAUCAAAUAUGAAAUACACGAUUACAGCAUAGAUAAUAAGUUCCAAUGGUGCUCUGAAAUGAAGUGUACAGUCAACAUCGUCAUAUGGGAUUUCAAGUAGUAAUACUUGUUUUAGCGUAUAUGUUCCAGUAUUCUGAUACUACCUUUGGUUAAUGUCCAACAAUGCAGUUAUAUGUUCAAUUAAUGAUAGGUAAUAUAGUUGCUUAGGUUUGGUAAUGAGUUAUUACACUACAAAAUAUAAAUUAAUUACAUUGUGUAAGUAAUACACAUAACUGUAAGUUAACAUAAGACUGCUCUGUGAUUUAUUACAUAUGUAAUGCUAGUAUAUAGGGCGUUUUUCUUUGUUCUGCUAUGGACUGCUCAAAAAAGAAUGGUUAAACUAUCAAAACACUGUAAAUAUAUUUUAAGCAUAUUAGAUUGGGAACACAGUACUUUUUAUACAUAGUACAAGAUAUAUUUUGUUAUUGGGUUCAUAAUUCAUUGUUAAUACUUAGUCAUUCUACAUGGCAGAUGUACAUUGUACCUAUUAAAACAGAAGUGUACCUAUUAAAAUUUACAAGUGACCUUUUUGAAAGAAAAUAUUACAUGUUCUUAAGUACAAUUCUAGGUAGCCUUUUGAGACCUAGUUCUAGGAUAAACUAAAUUGAUGAGUUGUGUGGAGUGUAGGAAGAUCUUCGCGUAUUGCAGAAUGUACUGAAUGCUGUUUAAUGUUUGUUCCUGUAAAUUGUCCCCUUGCUUAUUAAUUUAAGUUGCAGACUGGUGCCUUCUAAGAAUUUUUCCUCAGUGUUUACAGUAUUUUUGUCAAAAUUACUUAAAUUGGUUGUUGUGGGACCGAUGAUGCGCAAAGGUAGAUCAAAUGAAGGAUUAAUUGAAGUUAUUCUUCAAAUUUAAUGCAUGAGUGCAUGCGAUUUUGCUGUAUUAUAUAACAUUUUAUUACAGUCAUAGUCUUGAAAAUAAUUAUAUUACAGAAUAUUGACGUUCUUGUUAACUUCAAUUUUUUAUGGCUGUAGUGAGGUUGCAUUAUACAUACUAGCUUUAUAUACUUACUAUUUAAAAGCAACUUUCAGCUGUGGUGUAUUAUAUUCAUGAAAAAGUAAGAACAAUGUAAGGGCAAAGUAAUGUUACUUUACAAAUGCCCUUAGAGAGUAAUUGCUCCUACAAAAUUUUUGCAAAUUAAUGUUUCUCAAAUUGGCACUUUUUCUGUGGUUUGUAAGUACUCACAUCAACUUCUUAAUUCUUCAAUUAUUUAUGUGCAUAUUUUCUAGACAUCACUGCCAAGUGAUUUGUAUUUUGCAAAGUAAAAGGGCUAGUUUUGCAAUGUACUGUUGCAUUAUAUUGGCUUAUAUCAAAGUUGUUUCUGCAUAUAAUAAUGAUCAUUAUUGAUGAUGCUGCAUAUUUAUGUUGCUGAUACAAUGUGUUGAUUUGAAACUAGCUGCAUACCUGUUAGUUAGUGCAUGUAGAUUGACGUGAUGACUUAUAACCACAUUUGUAGAGCACUUUACCAUUACCACUGAUGAUUGCAAAAUGUUAGUAGUGCAACUAGCUGAAGUAACUUUCAUAGAUGAAAGGUGAUCUCUGGAGAAAAGUCAGCGCCUAUGUGUUAAAUAAAUUUUGCUUCUUCGUGAUGAUUGCUUAGAUAAUUUGAUAAGAUUUUUAAAAUGGAUAUUGCGAAGGGAUUAAAUAUAAAGCUUUGCUUUCUUUUAUAUUAUUGACUGAUGUACAUAUUUAGGGUAAAAUGUAAAAGUGAAGGUUAUUAUUAAUUAUUUGGUUACUUCGACUUGUCCCCUGUUUUAGUAUUAAUAUCGUGUGAGUGAGAAAGGAAGAUCGCAGUAUAUAUAUAUAUAAUAUACAUAUAUACAUACAUUACACAAUAAGGUUUUAGGACAGUAAAUUUUUGAAACAUUUUUAUAUAUAAGUAAGUUUUAACCUUCAUUCAUGGGUUCUUUAUAAAAUCUGUUAGAAGGUUGUAAGAGUGACUGAUCUUCUAUGAACUGGAAGGAGUACCUUUAAUUAAAGGAAGAGAACAGUGCUUUUAUUUGCAUGCACAGUACAAUCACGUUGAAAGCUUUUUUUUUUUUUGAAGAAGUAACAGCUCUAUUGUACGUUAAUGUAUUUUGCUAACUGGCAUUUCACUUUAUGCACAAUCAUUUGUUUCUCCUUGUUUCUAAUUCAAUUUUUAUUUGUAUUGUAUUCAAAUUCAAAACCUUAAUCUCUGUAGAGCUUUUUCAGAGAGUAAAAUUAGCUAAAGAUUUUAAAACAUAAUAGUAAUUGCUUUUUAUUUCUCCACCUACAUUUUCUUUGCAUGAUUUCAGGCGGCUUUGUAUUUAUGAAAACAGCAUUGCGAGUACAUUAGGCCCCCAGUAUUGCUUUUUAAAAUGAAAUGCAUGCAAAAGGACAAGUUAAAGUAACUGGAUGAUGAUAAUAAUCGUUUCAGUGGGUUCCAUUGUAACUUGAAAAAUUCAUGUCCAUAAUGGGUUUCCACAAAUUUCAGCCAGUUUUUUUGAGGGCACAAUAUAUUAAUAAUGCUUAUUUACAGGAAAUCAUUUUUGUUCCAAUCAAAACAGAAUAGGGGCCUAAUGUUGUACUUGCAGUGAUAUGUUUUUAUGGAAUUUUCAUCCCUAUCCAUUUACUACAGCCGCUACAAAACCUGCUCUUGACAUUUGGCAAAUUUUCAUUGUAUUUGGAUUUCAAAUAGGCCUUUUAAAACACUUGAAAGAACUUGUGCAGCAAAUUACAUUUUUGAAUGAGUAGGUAUGUUUUAGAGUUGUACUUUACUAAGAUUUUCUAGAAUUUAGUCCUUCAAAAUGUCUUAUUUUAAGAUACUGAGAAUGAAUUGAACAUAGAAAUGUUAAAAUAAUCCAAGCUCCUAGAAUUGGUUGUAGGUAGGUAGUAUUGUAGGUAGGUUACAUCGUGCACUUGAUUUAGAUACACGAAUGUUCACAUGGCCAAUUAGUUACUGAAGAAUGUCAAGAGCAGGAACAGUUCCUGAUAUCCCAUCCAUUGAAAUCAUUCGCAAAAUAAGUUAAUCAGUUAGAGCAACAGGUUUGUUGCUGGUGUUUAGUGGCUCUAGACCUAUGUUACGUCCCUGUCUCGUUUGUCUCCUUCAUGCUACACUGUCAUCCAUCC